CAGUGCUGGUGCCUAGAAUCUCUGGACUUGCUGCUGCCCAUUGGCUGUUUCAGAAGAGUCACAUGAUAAAGACAGCUUUUAAAUUAAGACACCGGUAGCGCUGUACUGUCUAUGGUUCUUCGGCCUUCCGCCGUGAGUGCCUCUUCUCCGCAAGCUUUGCGUCAUGAUUGAGUCCUUCUUGGGAACCUGGAAGAUGGUCUCCAGUGAAAACUUUGAUGAAUACCUGAAACAACUGGGAGUGAAUUACACAACUCGAAACUUGGCAGGGUUAGCAAAACCGAGAAGCAGUAUUAGUGCUGUCUGGGAUGAGGUGAACUUCAAAAUAGACAGUUUGAAGAACACUGAGAUCUUCUUUAAGCUGGGGGAAGAAUUUGAAACCACAGCAGAUAACCUGAAAGUGAAGAGCAUCAUAACAUUCGAUGGUGACUCAAUGAUUCAUGUCCAAAAAUGGCUUGGCAAGGAGACAACAAUGAAAAGACAAAUCGGACAUGGAAAAAUGAUAGUGGAGACUAUGAAUGAUAUUGUCAGCACACAAGUCUAUAAAAAGGUAUGA